AUGAUAUCUAAAAUUAUCUUCUUUACAACAGCACUCCUUGUAGUGGGUGCACAACAUUACGAACAACAACACGAGAACUAUGGUCACGCAACAUCUUCACAAUCCAUAAUCCGGCACGACGUGGCACAUAAUCAACAUGGAUACAAUGUUCAGCCUGCAUACCAUCAACCUCUUGCAAUUCAUGCUGCCCCAGUAACUCAAUACGUUGCUCCUGUAUCACAUCAUGUCCCUUUAACACAUCACGUAUCGCCAAUCACGUAUAACGCUGCUCCUACUCAUCACUAUGCACCCAUUGCUCAUGUUGCACCCGUAACACACAAUAUUGCACCCAUAUCUCAUUAUGCUCAUCCCAAAUACGAGUUUGAAUACAGCGUACAAGACACGCAUACUGGUGACAUCAAAUCGCAGCACGAAGCACGCGAUGGUGACCAUGUGACUGGCUUUUACAGUCUGCAUGAACCCGAUGGUUCAGUUCGCACUGUACACUACAAUGUGGCAGGACACAGUGGAUUCAAUGCUCAAGUUGAACGUACCGGUCACUCAACCCACGCCCAGCCAGCUGCACAUUACACGCCACAGUAUGCUCUUGCGCAUCAUCGUACGUCGCCGGCUGACAUAUUCAAGACACAGGUCUUUUGUAGGGAGUUCCAAAGUACACGGUCCGGGGCCGCUUGUUGCCAACGGCUACCUGAGACUCGCUUGGCUCUCGCUGGUGGCACCAUUGCAUCGAAGUUCAAACCUAAAUAUACAAAUAUGAUAUCUAAGGUUACCGUUUAUGCCGCUGUUCUGAUGGUAGUCAGCGCGCAACAUUACGCCCAACAUGGCCACGCAACAUCCUCCCAAUCCAUUAUUCGUCAUGACAUUUCCAACAACCAACAUGGAUACGGCCAAGCGCCAUUAGCCGUACAUUCCGCACCUCUAGUCCACUCCGCACCUUUGGUUCAGCAUGCGCCAGCUAUCCAACACAUUGCCCCCAUAGCCCAUGCUGCCCCGAUUCAGUACAACCAACAUGGUCACGGCCAAGGACAUGCUGACUAUUACUCCCACCCCAAGUACGAGUUCGAAUACAACGUCCAAGAUACACACACUGGUGACAUCAAGUCGCAGCACGAAGCUCGUGAUGGUGACCAAGUAUCUGGCUCCUACAGUCUGCACCAACCUGACGGUUCCGUGCGCACCGUACACUACAACGCCGAUGCACACAAUGGAUUUAACGCGCAAGUCGAAAAUUCAGCCCCUUCCACACACGCCCAACCAGCCCCUGCACCUCAUGUGCACGCUGCCCCUAUUGCCUACCACCAGGCACCAAUCAUCCACUCCGCUCCAAUUGUCCACUCUGCUCCUAUCGCUUAUAAUCGCGCUCCAAUCGUCCACUCUGCUCCAAUCGUCCAUUCUGCACCAAUCGUUCACUCCGCUCCUAUUGUCCACGCUGCCCCAGUUUAUCACAGUCAACAAGGAUACUCUCAAGGACACGAGGAAUACGCUCACCCCAAAUAUGAGUUUGAGUACAGCGUAGCAGACACCCACACCGGUGACAUCAAGUCGCAGCACGAAGCCCGCGACGGCGACCGCGUGACAGGAUCCUACAGUUUACAUGAAGCCGACGGUACCGUCCGCACCGUUCAUUACAGCGCUGAUGACCACACUGGCUUCAACGCCCAAGUGGAACGAUCUGGACACGCACAGCAUGUUCAACCAGCUCCCCAACAUCAACCUCACUACAUCCUUACCUUCACAACCCUGCUGAUGGCAGUCAGCGGGCAGCAUUAUGCCCAGGCACCUCAUGGUCAUGCCACAUCAUCUCAGUCGAUUGUUCGCCACGACAUUUCUCACAACCAACAAGGAUACAACCACAUCCAACCAGUGCACGCUGCCCCUAUUGCCUACCACCAGGCACCAAUUAUCCACUCCGCUCCAAUUGUCCAAUCUGCUCCUAUCGCUUAUAAUCGCGCUCCAAUCGUUCACUCUGCCCCAGUUUAUCAAAGUCAACAAGGAUACUCUCAAGGACAUGAGGAAUAUGCUCACCCUAAAUACGAAUUUGAGUACAGCGUAGCAGACACCCACACCGGUGACAUCAAGUCACAACACGAGGCACGCGACGGCGACAGAGUGACAGGAUCCUACAGUUUACAUGAAGCCGACGGUACCGUCCGCACCGUUCAUUACAGUGCUGAUGACCACACUGGCUUCAACGCCCAAGUGGAACGAUCUGGACACGCUCAGCAUGUUCAACCAGCUCCCCAACAUCAACCUCACUACGUCUUAGCUCAUCACUAA